AUGGCCACAGACGACGGCAACAUUAUCCCUCUCCUGGAUGUCAUGAAGGCCUCCACCCGGCCAGACAUCGUCAACUUCAUCCACUCCAACAUCUCCAAAAAUAGUCUGGUUUCCGUCAUCGCCACCUCAGCCGUCCUCUCACUCGUGAUGGCUCGUGGGCAUAGGAUUGAAUCCGUCUUGGAGCUUCCUCUAGUGAUUGGAGAUUCAACCAAGAGCGUCGAUAAAACAUCGACGACAAUUGAUAUUUUGAAGCAAGUUGGUGCUUGUCCUGAUGUAGAGAAGGCGAAAGACAACUAUGGUAUUCAUCCCAGAAAGGAUUUUUUGGUUAUGAAGCAUUUAGGAAAAAUAAAGAAAUAUUUGUGGUUCCUUCGAGCAGCAGGUCCCCUCACAGGAGUUGUCUUGGGCAUUGUUUUUGUGAAAAUAUUCCAUCCAUCUUCGAUUUCUGUGGUUGGGAAAAUACCACAGGGCCUGCCAAAAUUUUAUGUUCCUAAAAGUUUUGGGAUAUGCUUGGACUUGUAA